AUGAAACGAACGAAACAGCAAGACAAUGACCUAGUUCAAAUUUUAAAUAGUAAUAAAAAACGAAAAUUAGAAAAUCAAAUAAAAAUGAUCAAUUCAAACAAAUAUCUUUUGGAAGAUUUAGCCAAUGAAAUUCUUUAUGAAAUAUUUGAAUAUCUUGAUUCAUAUGAUAUUUAUAAAGGUUUUUAUAAUCUUAAUAAACGAUUUCAAAAUUUAGCUAUUAAUUCAAAUGUUUUAACUAAAAUCAAUAUUUCAACAAUAUCAAAAUCAAAUUUCGAAGAUUAUUAUCGAAAUCGAAUUAAUUUUCUUGGUUUAUUAAGUCCAUUUGCGGCUGAUAUUAUUUUCUCACCACUAGAUCAUAUUUUAAAUUUUGUUCAUCUUGAAACAUUGAUUAUAGAUAAUAUAGAAACUAUUAGUUUUUACAAAUUCUUUACUUAUUUUAUGAACUUACCUAAUCUUCAUUCAUUAAUUAUAUCUUUUGUCGAACCUAUUUUGGAAAUAGAUUAUCUUUUUGCUCAAAUAUUUCGUUUAUCAAAAUUAAAAUAUUGUAAAAUUAAAUAUGAUAUACAAUUUUAUACAGAAUUAUUUUAUUCUUUUACUGAAUAUGUUUCUAGUCCAAUAGAAUAUUUAAUAAUCAAUAGUCCUUUUCCAUUUAAAGCAUUUCAUAAUUUGUUACAUUUUCUUCCUAAACUUUAA